GCCCUUGCCCGACCUCGGAGGGGGGCCGGCGGGGCCGGCGAGGCGGAGCCGGGGCCGGGAGCAGCCGAAGCGAAGGGCCGGCUGGGCGGACCCGGGGAGCCCCGGCUUCAGGUGGUGCAGCUCGCCCGGGCGACCCUGGCGGGGCUGUUGGGGGGAGCAGAGGAGGAGACACCUUGCAGGAAAAGGGGGAGAGAAAUGCAAAGUAUUCUGGGCAUAACAUACUCCAGGGUGGGAGAGGAGCAAGAAUGUAUUGGCGUAGUUGUUAGGAUUUUGGACAAACGUCUUCCUUCUGCCCUGCGUGCAAGUGGAGGACCAUGCCGCUUCGUGAACAGGAGGAUGUGCAGCAAAACCCAAGCAGAGAAUGUGCAGAAGCCCAAACCCCAGGCUUCAGCCUCUUUCAAAGUUCCAGGACACAAGCCCAGUGACUGGGACAAGAAGUUGUUGCUAUGGACGGGCCGUUUCAAGAAAGAAGAGGAUAUACCAGAAACAGUGUCGUUCGAGAUGGUUGAUGCAGCGAGGAACAAGAUGCGUGUGAAGAUCAGCUACGUAAUGAUUGCCUUGACAAUCAUGGGCUGCAUAAUGAUGGUCAUUCUGGGGAAGCGGGCUGUUGAGAGGCACGAAUCCCUGACGAGCCAGAAUCUGGAAAAAAAAGCUCGCUGGAGGGAGGAGGCCGCUCAGAGUGUCUCUGCCAAACCAUAGUCAAGGGGAAGGACAAUACUUCAGAAGGCACAAGAUGUACUACUAUCUUUUAAUUAUAGAGGAGGAGGAGGGGCUUGAGGGAAGGCAUAUUCAUUAGUCAAGGGUUGCUUUCGAGCUUCCAGGAAAUAAAAUUAUUUUGUGGUAAUCCUAUGAAGAUUUCAUAUUUUGCUAGUAUCCAGUAACUAUUCAGUUUCAAAGAAAGCUAAAUACAGUACCCAAUUCCGUUCAGUUACUGUAUGUAUUAAAAUAUUCAUUGCACCUUCUGUAUUGGUCGAUAGGCUUGUUGAAGCAAGGUAUUGAAUUCACCUUGAGUGACUAAUAGCAUACAUAGGAAUCUUUCUCUCUCUACACACACACACACACACACGGUGGUAGCAUGGGUAUCUUAAUGGUGUGUGACCUAACGCUUUGAAACAGCAGUAAUGGAACGUAGACGCUACCGCUUGCUCUCAUAUCACCUACCAGCCGUGAAUGUUUUGGGAUGCUAAUAUCUGUAAUAAUUCUGGUUUUCUGUUCUGUUGAUAUCAUCCUAAAACCUUUGAUUCUAAACUUCA